UUUUUGAAUGGUUUAUGUGAUCUCUCAUUAUUUUAUGUACGGGUUUCUAUUAUAUACUUUGUUAGAGAUGACAAUCUUCCUUGAAAUUUUGAUAUUAUGAUCAGACAAUAUUCAUAUGUAUAGCCGCAACAACUAUUUUCUUUGAAUAUUUGGUAACAACAAAUUAUUUCUGAAGUAAUUGAUUGCUUUAUUCUAUUUGCAUUCACAGUCAGACAUCACAAUGCCUUUCGCUUUAGGUGAUCACACCCAUAUUGAUUAAUAUAAUUGUUUUCUUGAAGAUCUUCAAUUAUUUUCACGAAAAAGAUAUUAUCACUAUUUCUAAAAGAAGUUCAAAUUGUACAAGUUGAAGACAAAGUUAACAACAUAUAUAUACACUGCAUCAUCGGUACUUUGUUGCAUACGUUUGCAAAAAUAAAAUCACAUUCUCUACUUUUCUAUGAGAAGUUAUUAGCAAUGGAAGAAGAUAACCACGAAAAACAACUUGACGAUGGCGGAUCUUCCUCUCUCUUUAAGACUUGCUUCAACGCACUCAAUGCUCUUUCAGGAAUUGGAAUACUAUCCGUACCAUAUUCACUAGCUCGUGGAGGAUGGUUGAGUAUUUCACUUCUCUUACUCCUCGCCGCAACCGCCUUCUACACAUCCUUACUCAUUACAAAAUGUAUGAACGCUGAUCGCACCAUCAAAACGUAUCCAGACAUUGGAGAACGCGCGUUUGGUAGACCAGGAAGAAUCAUUGUGUCAGUCUUCAUGCAUCUAGAACUCUACCUAGUCACCACAGGUUUCUUGAUCCUUGAAGGCGACAAUCUUCACAAUCUUUUCCCGGGGUUUAACAUCAAACUGAUGGGGGUGAGAUUGAACGGGAAACAAUCGUUCAUGGCGUCAGUGGCUCUCGUCAUCAUGCCAACUCUAUGGUGGGACAGUUUAAGCGUCUUGUCUUAUGUUUCCAUGAGUGGAGUUUUAGCUACGGCCGUGACUCUUGGAUCAAUAUCUUGGGUCGGAGCAUUUGAUGGAAUAGGCUUUCAUCAAAGUGGAAAGCUGAUCAACUGGAGUGGGAUCCCUACUGCUCUGAGCUUGUAUGCUUUUUGUUAUGGUGCGCAUCCCGUGUUGCCCACUUUGUAUUCUUCUAUGAAAAGCAAACAUCAAUUCAACAAUGUCCUACUUAUAUCUUUUAUACUGUGCACCAUUGGCUACACAUCAAUGGCGGUUUUGGGCUACUUAAUGUAUGGAUCUAACACUUUAUCACAAAUAACAUUGAAUCUUCCGAUUCAUAAGACAAGUUCAAAGGUGGCUAUAUACACAACCCUCGUGAACCCCAUAGCCAAAUACGCAUUGAUGAUCACACCAACGGUGAACACAAUAAAAGAUUGGUUUCCUAAGAAGUACGCCAAGAAAUCAUACUUGCAUCUCUCGAUAAGAACAUUGUUCAUAGCAAGUAGUGUGGUCAUCGCUGAGACACUUCCUUUCUUCGGCUAUAUGAUGUCUCUGGUUGGUGCAUUACUGAGUGUAACGGUUUCCAUUCUUCUCCCUUGCCUAUGUUACUUGAAGAUCUCUGGAAAUUUCAAGAAACUUGGGUUUGAGACUGUAAUGUUGUUUGGUAUGGUUGUGAUGAGUGUUCCCAUUGGUGUUUUAGGAACUUACAUUGCAAUUCGAGAAAUGGUUGGUAGUGUCUGAAACUUUAUAUUGAUUAUAAAGCAAAUAAAGAUGUUAUAACAAUUUAUAUGUUUAUGUUUCUACAUCUUGUUUUAUAAUGACAUACUUUA